AACAUCUGCGGGGAGACGCUGCUGGAGUCCCUGCAACUACAUAUACCCACCUAUGGCUCGUGCCACGAUUCCUGUGGGCACAUUUACUCUUCCGCACCCCUCUCCCAAUUUGCAGCUUCCCUGUAUAAUAAGCCCCGCCCACGCCAUAUAGCAGUGCCCUGAUGUCUAUGUCAACGGCAGCCACGUCACCCCGGGCUGAGUACAGGAAAGUCUCCCGAGCGUUACCCGCAGUCCCGCAGCGCAGACUCAUGACUGACACGGAGAGAGCAGCGCAAGGGAGACGCACUGAGAGCGCACUGGAACUUACUCUCUAACCUUCCCAACUCAUACUUCUCACCUUGUAACUUGUCUCUCGCUUCUGCCGCUUUAGGCUUGGGAUUUUUUAAACCUCUUUUUUUUAAAAAAAAAAAAACUUUUAAAGAGUUUUUAAAAUACUUUUUUUUUUUUUUAAAGCUUAUUGCCCUUCAUUUUUUUUUUUAAAAAGAAGCUGAAAUGAAUAUUUUUCGGAUUUUGGGGGACGUGUCCCAUCUGCUGGCCAUUAUUAUCCUGUUCCUUAAGAUGUGGCAGAGCAAGUCCUGUGCUGGUAUAUCUGGCAAAAGCCAGCUGCUCUUUGCACUGGUGUUCACGACACGGUACUUGGAUCUCUUCACUGUAUUUAUAUCUGGCUACAACACUGUAAUGAAGCUCAUCUUCUUGCUCUGCGCAUAUGUUACAGUUUAUCUGAUCUAUGGAAGAUUCCGGAAGACUUAUGACAGUGAGAAUGACACAUUCCGUCUGGAAUUCCUCCUGGUACCAGUUAUCGGACUGUCUUUCAUGAAGAACCAUGAUUUCACCCCUCUAGAGAUCUUAUGGACCUUUUCUAUUUACUUGGAGUCAGUGGCCAUCCUACCCCAGCUCUUCAUGAUCAGUAAGACAGGAGAAGCGGAAUCUAUCACUAACCACUAUCUCUUCUUCUUGGGCCUCUAUCGUGUGCUUUACUUGGCCAACUGGAUCUGGCGCUACCAUACAGAAAAGUUCUUUGAUCAGAUUGCAGUGGUGUCAGGCAUAGUGCAAACCAUCUUUUACUUUGACUUCUUCUACCUCUACAUUACCAAAGUUCUCAAGGGCAAGAAGCUGAGCCUCCCUAUGCCAGUGUAAAAAAGCCGGACCUCAGUGACCUGCACCAAGCCGUGCCAUGGACUUCAUUCUAUUGCUUCCCUCAGACUCUAUAAGGAACUUUUCAAACUGGCCUUUGACUUGGUGUGUUUGAUGGAAAAGUUGCCAAUGGACAGAGGGAUGGACUCUGCGGGCUGGAGGGUGUAUGGCUGGGUUUGUGGGAUUUUUGGUUAUUUUUGUUUUAUUGUAUGAUUUGUGAACUGUUUAUGAAUUGAUUGAAUUGAUUAAUGUAAAGUGAUCUUUUAAAUAAAAAAAUUCUAUA